AUGUCCACGCUGGAGCUGAUGGAGAACCUCAGGGAAGAGCUCACCUGCUUCAUCUGCCUGGACUACUUCAGCAGCCCGGUGACCACCGAGUGUGGGCACAGCUUCUGCCUGACGUGCCUUCUCGGGAGCUGGGGGGAGCACAGCAGGCCGCUGUCGUGCCCCGAGUGCUGGCGGAGCCUGGAGGGCCCGCACUUCCAGCCCAACGAUGCAUUCAGGUCGCGGAGUCUUUCGGAUGCUGGCCUUCGGCGUCUCCCGACGGCCGGCGCCCUUCUCCCGUCACACAGGGAAGAAACAAAGACGUAUAAGCAGGUUGUUGUGUCAGAAUAUAUGAAAAUGCACCAGUUCCUGAAGGAAGAAGAACAACUGCAGCUCCAGCUCCUAGAAAAGGAAGAAAGAGAGAACAUGAAGAAGCUGAGGAACAAUGAGAUCCAGCUGACCCAGCAGAUCAGAAGCCUGAGCAAAAUGAUUGGGCAGAUAGAAUCCACGUGGCAGAACUCGGCUGUAGACUGCUUUGAGGAGGUGAGAGGAGCCCUGGAAAGGAACGAGCCGCUGUUGCUGCACUGUCCAGAGGCCACCACCACGGAGCUGAGUCUGUGCCGCAUCACUGGAAUGAGGGAGAUGCUGAGAAAAUUCAGCACGGAGGUCACGCUGGACCCGGCCACAGCCAAUGCCUACCUGGUGUUGUCUGAGGAUCUGAAGAGCGUGAAGUACGGAGGCCUCAGGCAGCCGUUGCCUGACAACCCGGAGCGAUUCGACCAGUCUGCAACGGUCCUGGGUGCCCAGAUCUUCACCUGUGGGAGGCACUACUGGGAGGUGGAGGUGGGGAACAAGACGGAGUGGGAAGUGGGCAUCUGCAAGGACUCCGUGAGCCGGAAGGGGAACCUCCCCAAGCCGCCUGGGGACCUCUUCUCAGUCAUCGGCUUAAAAAUCGGAGACGAUUACAGUCUUUGGGUCUCCUCCCCUCUGAAAGGCCAACAUGUCCGAGAGCCUGUGCGGAAGGUGGGGGUCUUCUUAGACUACGACUCCGGGCACAUAGCGUUCUACAACGUGACGGACGAGUCCCUCAUCUACAGCUUCCCUCCCACCUCUUUCCAAGAGACCCUCCGGCCCAUAUUUUCCCCCUGCCUCCCAAACGAAGGGACAAACACAGACCCAAUAACCAUCUGCUCACCGAGCAGCCACGCCUGA